AUGGCGCCGGCGAGGGCGACGGUGGGCGUCUCCGGCAUACCCAUGACGGCCGUCGCGCGGGAGCUCUUCGACUUCUUCGAAGGCGCCGUCGGCUCCGUCUUCGCCUGCGAGAUAUUCACCGUCCACGAGAACUGGAAGUCCCGCGGCGCCGGGAGAAUCCAGUUCGAGACCGUCGACGCCGCCGAGGAGGCCCUGCGCCGCCACGCCGACGGCCGGCUGGGGGUUUUCCAGCGCGCGCGCCUCCUCCUGUCCGAGGUAUUCGACGACAUCAUCGUCAGGCCGGCGGAGCCCCGGAACCGCCUGUGCGGAGCGGUUCUGCGCGCCGGUUUCCUCUCGGGAGAACGCGAGAUGGAGGUGCUCGAGACUUGGGAAGGCGUCCGGGUGGAGCUGAUGCCGGAGAGGCAGAAGGUGGAGGUGUUGCUGGAGCAGGAGGGGCGCCUCUACAAGCUGGAAAUAAUGUUUGGGGAUAUCAGCGGGAGCUUUAUCUGUUCCGUGCGUGAAGAGAGAGAAACUGCAAUCCUCCUCAAGGUAGCGCCAUCUGCAUUUGAACAAAUUGAUCAGGAAACUCUCAGACAAUGUCAUCUAUUAUUCAUGCGAGUUGCUCCUCCUGUACAAUCCCUGCACGGAAUUCCCCCCUGAGAAAAGGGAAACUUCGCAACUUCCGUUUCGCAUUACUCGAACUUCGCAUUACGGAAUUGGAAUGGCAGAUUAUGUCAUCAGACGGGUUUUUUGGGAGUCAUACAGCAUCAAAAAUUGACCAUAGACUCUAAAAACCUUAAAGUCCACGGUCUAAUCUGUAGCAGGCGCAAAGGUCCGUUCAAAAUCUGCAUACUUUCUUUGGCAUUUUUUACUUCGUUCUUUCGUCUGUGGAUCAUCACGAUUUUACUUAUUCCCAUUAGCUCCACAAAGUCAGAGAGAACCUUUCAGACUCACCUUCCCGCCGGACUUUGCAUCUGAAUUCUCGGGCAUUUGACUAAUCUUAAGAGAUCUGUUCGUCCAUUUGACUGGCAUCUGACAUGAUUUUUUUCUUGAUUUUUUCUGAAGCUGAAAUACGCACCGAGGAUAUACCAUAGAAUUUCUGGUCCCACUCUUACGCCAAGAUUCAGAGUUGACCGGUACCAUUUCUGCAAAGAGGACUUUCAGUUUCGCUGGGUUCGCUCGGUUGACUUUUCAGCAUCCCGCUCUAUUGGGCAAUCGUCGUAUUUCUGUCUGGAUUUCCCUGGGGAAUCAUCCAGAUUGGAAGAUGCGAUUAGAAAUCUUCCUCUCUAUGAAUCGCUUGGUGAUCUACGUAUGACCAAGGGAAGAGAGAAUCAUUGUUCAUCAGAAUUUCCUCCCAUUAUCAGCUACCGACUCGAUCCUCUUUCGCCUCUGCCAUAUGAGAUCUUCUUCCAACUUAAUUAUCUUGUGCACACGCAGAAGAUCUCCCACGGGCAAGUCAACUCAAGACUCUUUCACAGAUUAAGCAGCUUGCCAGUGGAUAAGGCUGGGCAGAUCCUGGUGAAGCUGCGGAGGGAGAAAUCCACCUGCUUCGAUCCUGCGAAAUUCAUCGAGGAUCACUCGGGCAAAGCCCAGAGAGAUCAGAGGAGUCAUGUUUCCUCGAGCAACACGGUGAUGAAUUGCCACCGAGCUCUCGUGACUCCGUCGAGGGUUUACCUUGUGGGCCCUGAGCUGGAAGCAUCCAACUAUGUGCUGAAGCAUUACGUUGCAUACGCCUCCGAUUUCCUUCGAGUAUCCUUCGUUGAGGAAGACUGGAGUAAGAUUCCCUCCGAUGCGAUCUCAACGAGGAUCGAAUCAGGCGCGUUCUCAGAGCCCUACAGGACCAGCAUUUACCGCCGGAUAUUCUCCGUUCUAAGGGAAGGGAUCUCCAUUGGCGAGAAGAAGUUCGAGUUCUUAGCCUUUUCUGCCAGUCAACUCCGUGGACAUUCGGCCUGGAUGUUCGCCUCCAACCAUGGUGUCAGGGCAGAGGAAAUCAGAGCCUGGAUGGGUCGGUUCAAUAAAAUAAGAAGCGUUUCUAAAUGUGCGGCGAGGAUGGGCCAGCUAUUCAGCUCCUCGAUCCAAACAUUCAACGUCCCCCACCAGGAGGCGGAGAUUAUUCAGGACGUUGAAGCUUCUGCAAAUGGGAUCGACUACUGUUUCUCAGAUGGGAUCGGGAAGAUCUCUCUGUCCUUUGCCAGGCAAGUCGCCCAGAAGUGUGGACUGAAUCACACCCCUUCCGCCUUCCAGAUAAGGUAUGGCGGCUACAAGGGCGUUGUAGCCAUCGAUCGCAACUCCUUCCGGAAGCUCUCGCUGCGAAGGAGCAUGCAGAAGUUCGAUUCGACGAACACCAUGCUCAAUGUGACCAGGUGGAGUGAGAGCACGCCGUGCUAUCUGAACAGGGAGAUCAUCUGUCUUCUGUCAACGUUGGGCGUGAGGGAUGAAGUCUUUGAAGAUCUUCAGCGCAAGAACAUGCGCGAUCUGGAUGAAAUGCUUGAUAACAGAGAGGCAGCCAUGAAGGUUCUGGAGGGCGCGGCCGGAGGUGACGCUAGAACAGCCAUGAAGAUGCUGAUUCAUGGCUACGAGCCGAGCGCCGAACCCUAUCUUUCCAUGCUCCUCAAAGCUCGCCACGAAUCCCAGCUCUCUGAGAUGAGGAGUAAGUGCCGGAUAUUUGUACCCAGGGGCCGUGUCCUGAUCGGCUGCUUGGACGAAGCGCGCGCUCUGAACUACGGCCAAGUUUACGUCAGAGUGACCAUGACGAGCUCAGAGCUGCAAGACGGAGACCGAGCUUUUUUCAGAAAGAUCGACGGGACGACGGCGGCUGUGAUUGGGAAAGUGGUCGUCACGAAGAACCCCUGCCUCCAUCCGGGCGACAUUCGAGUUCUUGAUGCGGUAUAUGAAUGGAUUCUGGAGGAGAAGGGCCUGGUCGACUGCAUCGUCUUUCCCCAGAAAGGAGAGAGGUAGUACCUCGUAUCUCAAGCUUUGAACCCCUUUUUUUCCCUCUUUUUUUUGUUCUUUUACAAAACUUCUUGGCUAUACAACUUCCUACAAGAGGACGGAUCUGCCUGCAUGAGAGAUCCAAGGCGACGGCUGGUACUAGUAUCGACGGCGAUGUAAGUCCUCGCCUUUGGAUUCUGCUCCGGGCAAAGAAGGAUUACGGCUCACUGGUGUAAUUAGCUGAUUGUGAUUUUAGCUCCGGCAUGAACGUUGACCCUCAACUCUAUACCAUAUUGGGCAAGAUUCGGCCUUUAACCGGCUGCGGGAGGAAGAUAAAUGGUUCUUCGUGUGAUAAUCUCGAAAUGUUGUUGCCAUGAAGGCUAAUCAAGCCUCGUCGAACCAAACUUUACAGACCGUCAUCAUCGCAGCUUGAACUGCGAUGCUCUUUUUUGGAACUCGCCGAAAGAAUGGUGUCGUGAACGAUUUCUUUUCCCCUUAUAUGACAAUUCUGAUUCAUCGCAGGCCUCAUCCAAGUGAGUGCUCCGGCGGCGACCUGGACGGCGACCUGUAUUUUGUUUCCUGGGACGAAAAUCUCAUCCCCCCGACGACUGACGAGCCAAUGGAUUACAUCCCCCGUAGGCCUCGUAUCAUGGACCAUGAGGUAACAUUGGAGGUAUGAAGAAACAAAUUUCCACUUCUGUCUCGAGAAUCUGAUAUUAUUUUAUGCAUCAUCCUCCAUCACCUCUCUCUCUCUCUCUCUCUCUCUCUCUCUCUCUCUACAUAUACAUUUUUAUGAUGCGGAGAGCUUAGGAUUAUUAUUGGGCUGACUUCACGCGAUCAAUGGUCAAAUGAGGCAGGAAAUUCAGAGGUUCUUCGUGGACUACAUGAUCAAUGAUACCCUCGGAGCGAUCUCGACAGCCCAUCUUGUCCAUGCAGACCGUGCGCGAAGCAAAGCUCGGAGCGGCGCCUGCCUGCAACUGGCGAGACUCCAUUCCGCGUCCGUUGACUUCGCGAAAUCCGGGGCGCCGGCAGAGAUGCCGAAGCUUCUCAGGCCCAAGGAGUACCCGGACUUCAUGGAAAGAUGGGACAAGCCCACAUACACCUCGAGCGGGGUACUGGGGAAGCUCUACAACAGGAUCGCAGAGCGCCGCCACCCCCGCGCGGCUUCCUCGAAUCCGGUCAACUUCGACGGGGACCUCCAGGUCAAAGGCUUCGAGGCCUUUCUUGACGCCGCAAAGGGCCACAGGGACCUGUACGCGGAGAAACUGAGAGACCUAAUGGACUACUUCGGAGCAACCUGCGAGGACGAGAUUCUGACGGGUAAUCUCCGAAACAGGUCGGUGUACUUGCGGACGGACAGGCGGAGGUACGCCGAAGUCAAAGACCGGAUCUUGGUGGCGAUCGGGGCCUUGCAGGAGGAGGCGGGGGGUUGGCUCCGAGACGGCUGUAGUGAGGACGACCGGCCGAAGAUGGCGUCUGCAUGGUACCACGUUACCUACCACCCGAACUACGGCUUGGACUCGAGCUUCUUGAGCUUUCCCUGGGCCAUUUGCGACAUUCUGCUGUCAAUAAAGUCUCGGAAGUGCGUCCAUAUCUGA